CACGCGGUGAGGGGGACAGGACAGGUUAGGGAGCCCUGGCGCUGAGACGCGGAGGCGAGUGAUUAGUGGGGUCGCGGCGACGGGACCGACGGCGGAUGGGUCACAUCUGGCUCCGGUGAAGCGGAAACUGGAAACGCAGACGGAUCUUUCAAAGACCUUCCACCAUGUUGGAGUGGUUAGCGGCCUGCCUCGUGGUUGUUAUGCUGGCGAUGAUUGUUCGGGAAAUCUUCCGGAAGCCGGCGAACUUUCCACCAGGUCCUCCGGUAGUCCCGCUCCUUGGAAGCUCGGUGGCGAUCAAGCUUGGGUCGACUCUCCCGCAUCUGGUGUUCGAGAGCCUCGGCAAGAUAUACGGAAAAAUCAUUGGCUUCUACCUGUUUGGACAGCCCGUGAUCAUUCUGCGGGACUACGAUCUGAUACACGAAGCAUUCAGCAAGACAGAGUUUUCCGGUCGUGAGCAGACGUUUGUCAUACAAAACCGGUCCUUCUUCAUGGGAAACGGCAUCAUAUUCGGCCAGGGCGGCGGCUGGUCACUGCACCGUCGGUUCGCGCUGCAGCAGCUGCACGACCUGGGUGUCGGCCGGCCACGCUCCGAGCUGCUCGUUCAACUGGAGGUGGACGCACUGGUGCGCCGGCUGACCGCCUCCGGGGGCGACCUGGAGGUCAACACCACCUUCUGCAUGAGCGGCUGCAACGCACUCCUGCAGCUGGUCGCCGGAAAACGGUACGAGCUGGACGAUCCCGUGUUUGCCCAGCUGGUGAACGACACGGACCGAGUGAUGCGCUUGGCCGGUCCGGGUAACAUCCUCUCUCUGCUGCCGUGGGCCCGGCACCUGGCGCCGAGCGCCACCGGCUUCAGGGCCCUCUGCGCCCUGCGCGACACCACCUGCAGUCUGUUCGGGGAGAUUGUCGAGGAGCACCGGCGAACGCUGAACGCCGGGAAACCCAGGGACUAUGUGGACGCGUUCCUGAUUGAAAUGGAGAAGGAGGGCGCUAAGGAGAAGGACUUUACGAAGCAGCACCUGGAGAUCCUGCUGAUGGACCUCUUCCAGGCGGGGAUCGAGACCAUCAACUCGACGCUGUGCUGGGCGGUGCUGCUGCUGGCCCGCCACCCGGAGGUGCAGGCGCGGCUGCACGCCGAGCUGGACGAGCUGCUGGGUGCCAACUCACUGCGCUGGUCCGAUAGACAGAGCCUGCCGUACCUGCAGGCCACCAUCAACGAGGUGCACCGGUUCGGCACAGUGACGAACGUAUCUGUGCCUCACUUCACCUCCUUCCAGCCGGUCGUCUUCAACGAUUACGUGAUUCCGCGCAACAGUCUGAUCCUACCGGACAUUUACCACGUGCACCACGACCCGAGCUACUGGAGCGAGCCGGAGCGGUUCCGACCUGACCGCUUCAUCGACCAGAACGGCCAGCUGGUGCACGAGCCGCGACUGCUCAUGUUCGGCACCGGUCGCCGCUCCUGCCUGGGCGAGUCGCUGGCCCGGAUGGAGGUGUUCCUGUUCGUGGGCGGCCUUCUGCAGGCGUUCCACCUGGAGCUGCCCCCGGACGCGCCGCCGGCCGACCUCAGUCCACAGGCAGGCGUCACGUACAAACCGCGUCCCUUCCGACUGCGGUUCCGACCGCGCCGGCCGGCAGCUCCCGAGCUGAACGUGGCCGCGCUGGCGCUGCGCAGCGAGCAGAACAGCUACUGCAUCAAACGCAGCAGCUUCAGCUCCAAGGUGCACUUCAAGGAGGAGCGAGAGAUCUGAGCCGGCGGCGGCUGGAGUUGCUGCAACAAAUGCUGGUCAUGGAGUUGUAUGCCAAGUUACCCGUUGUGGCUGAAGUCUGGUACACGCCGUGUAUGCGCCUCGUAAGCAGUCGAUACGAAGACGAUCAUUCCGAGAUAAGGACAACUUGUGGGAUCUUGUGUUCUGUGUCGCUCUCUACAAUUAUAGACAUUAGGUCUCGUAGAGGGUGCUAGUGCUACAAGCCUUCGAUAUUUGAAGCUUGACCCGUAUUUGAUCGUACGGACGCACAAGUGUUGAAUUUGUGCAGGAUCUGUGUGUGAGGUUGUCUGCCCACCCUAGGGACCUGAGCCGUCUUGGGAAGGGACGCCAAAGUGCAGUGCAGUGUCGGCCAAGGGCCGUUCGCUUAGUUAUUUCACAUGCGCUGGUCGCAUUGCUAUCCGUUUUUACUUGAACCUUGUAUCGCACUGAUUCCCUUUGAUGAGCUCUUUGUUACGAGUUCAAGACCAAACAUUUAUCAACCAUGCGCUCGAGUAGACUGCAAUCACCAGUGCCGCGCACAAGGUUAUUAUUCAGACUAGCUGAGUCUGCAAAGACAUAGUCCAAGCGGGUCCUUGACUCCAGCAGCCAUUCAGCAGCGCCGCCCCUAUAAUUGCUGAACCCCUGCCGUGUAGUGUCAUACUCGCCCGCCAGGCGGCACCACCACCGAUACCGCGUGACGAUCACGGAACAAAGCCUGUUUGUGACGACUGGCCUGUCUGCGGGACGAGCAGUCGUCGCGCACAAAGGCGCUGUCGGCUCUGACUCGGUGGCCGUGUGACACAGACGGUAGUCUGUUCCAGCGGUGUAACUUUCUAUAUGUAUGGGGGUGCAGGUGCACCCCCAUCCCCUGAAAGUGCACCCCCAUCACGUUAAAGUGCACCCCCAUAGGCUAAGCGGCGCCCCACACGCCGCCCGACACCGAUAAGCUCUUGAUCAAAUGGCGAAUGUGAUUUCCCGGCUACAUUCCGUCUCGUGACCGGCGUCGUGCUGCUUGUGGGCUUGGGAAGCGUCCAGUCGUAUCGUUCCCCCAAAAAAAUGGAUGAAAGGGGCACCCCGGCAAAAACGGGACUUUCUCAGCAAAAGUGGAGCGCCCGAGGCAGAAGUGGGGCACCUCCAGGCUCCAACGUAGGUUGGGAUCGUCAAGCAUAAGACUGGCGCCCCAGCGGAGGAGAGGCGCCCCCAGUAGGAAUGAGGCACCUCAAGCAUAACUUGCGGUUCGCCCAGUAGAAGAGCGCCCUCAGUAGAAUACGGGCGACCCCAGCAGAAACGGGCGCCUCACCAGAAGAAGGGCACCCCAGCGCUAGAAGAGCACCCCAGCAGAAAGGGGCGCCCCACCAGAAGAGAGCUGUCUCCAACAGAAAAGGAGCGCCCUCAGCACAAGAAGGGCUCCCCAACAGAAAGGGGGCGCCCCAGC